AUGCACGAUCAGAUCGUAAACGUAAACAAACAUCCGUGUCGACUCAGGUGUCUAUGUACUCAUUCUACUCUUCUUCCCCCCAUCCCUCGUCCUUUUCCUCACUCUCGCGUUUCAUCGUCUUCAGCCAUGCUUCAAAUCAAGCAGUCGCCGGACAAACCCCGUCCACCCCCCGUCGAUGACAACACCACCCAAGACUCCCCAUCCAAGAUAAACCUGUCUUCUCCCCGCAACCCCCUCGGUCCAGUGGUGGUAUUCAUCGCCCGAGCCUCAAACCUGAAGGACCACAACUACCCGAAAGCCGAAAUGGACAGCAAUCAAAUGCACGAAUACCUCCGCUCACUGCUGAUAAUCACCGUCGCCGAGCACCGCAAGCGAUUCGGUCUCCUGGGUCUCCGUCCCCACAAGAUGCAGACAAUCAUCCAACCCGCCCACAGCCGGGUCUCAUCCAUCAGCCGAGUCGGCAAGUACCUGGGAAUGGCUCUCGAGGAAGCCCGCGCAUCCAAGGCUGAGUGCAUCUUCGUCCUGCACGGCUGGGAUGGCUGGACAACCGACAAGAUGACCAUCACUGAACUAUGCGAGCAAUUCCGCGACGUCCCUUUCUCCUUCCACGUUUAUGCGAAUCGGGGUACGCCUCGUGAGUUCUUCGAGGUCAACGCCCACAAGGUGAAUGCGUACUUCAGACACAUGGUUACUCUGGAUGAUCCGGCUAUUGUGGGCGAUCGUUCGACAGCACUUUACAUUCGCAUCCUGGAGGCUCUGCCUACUUUGCAAUAUGCCAAGUAUUACCCUGUUCUUACGGAGGCGGAAAGGAGUACUCUUUCCAAGUACGAUAAGCGCUUUGCUGGGAUUUACUACGAGGACGAACUCGAGGUUCCAAAGCCUGAAGUCGCAGAGUCCGAUGCUCCAAAGCCCGGCGUUUGA